CCACUGCACACUCCUCGCCGCCAUCCCCAAACCUCCCGACGAUCCCACCGCCUCGAACGUGCCGCCGUUCCAGCCUAGGGUUCGCGGGCUCUCCGGCUGCCGGAUUCGCCUCCUCGCCGGCGGGUAGAGGCGGCUGAGGGGGAGUGCCGGGGCGCUCCGCAUCGCUCCCUCCCUCCCUCCCGUCGUCGUCGCCGGCGGCGUCGGGUCGGGCCCGGCGGUAUCGUCCCGCGGAAACCCUAGAUUUCGCCGCCGCACGCGUGGAGCAAUCGUGCGGCUCCUGGUGUCCCUCUAUGGCUAUGUAAGGAGGGGAUUCCACCUCCCCCCUUGUGAGGCUCUCUCGGCAUAACCGCUCUCGCGUUCUAGGGUUUGCGCCGCCUCGACUGCAAUGGGUGGUCGCACGGUGCUCUCCGACGAGGAAGAUGAAAUCGAGGAGGAAGAGGAGGAGGAGAAUCCGCGGCCUUCGCGGAGAGGAAGGGACAAUAUGGAUCGGGACGAUGAUGAUGACGAGGAGGACGAAGAAGACGAGGGUCAGGACGAAUAUGAGAAGGAUGGCUUCAUAGUAGAUGAUGCAGAUGAGGAAGAGGAGGAGGAGGAUGAGAGGGAAAGUGAUGAUGAGAGGCGGAAGAAGAAGAGGAAAAAGAAGAAGAAAAGGGAAUCAGAAGGGUUCAUGCUGGAUGAGGAUGACUAUGAGUUGCUUCAGGAUAAUAACAUCACUGGCAUUCAACGUCCUAAGCCUGGAAACAAAUUUAAGCGCUUGAAGAAGGCCGGAAGGGAAUCUGAAAUGGAUGAGCGCUCUGGCUUUUCAGAUGAUGAUGGGUCAGGAAAAAGGCGUACUGCUGAGGAAAGAGUCCAGUACUCCUUAUUUGGCGACCAUCAAGAUGCGUCUAUUGAGGAGGACAUUGUUGAGGAGGAUCAGCAGGCAGAUGAAGAUGAGGAUGGUGAUCCUGAAGAUGAAAUGGCAGGUUUCAUUGUCGAUGAAGAUGAAAUUGAUGCAAAUGGUCAAGUUGUAAAAAGGAAGAAGGGUAAAGCAAGACCACGCCGACCGGCUGCAGGGGUAUCAUCAUCUGCCUUGCAAGAGGCCCACGAUAUAUUUGGUGAUGUUGAUGAACUAUUAGCACUGAGAAAGCAAGAGCUUGAGAGGGAUGCUGCUAAUUCUGGUGAGUUGAGAGGAAACAGACUUGAAGAUGAGUUUGAGCCAUUUAUUCUGGCUGAGAAGUAUAUGACACCGAAAGAUGAACAAAUAAGAGAGAAUGAUGUACCUGAGAGGAUACAGCUGUCUGAAGAACUAACUGGGUAUCCUCCAACGGACACCACAAUGAUAGAGGAAGAAAGUGUAUGGAUACAUAGCCAACUGACGGGUGAUGGGUUUCUGUCAUUCUUUAACAAUGAGCAUGUGAACAAGGACAUUGACCAGAAGGACAUUGCAAGUGUAUUGACCAUGUUACAUGUCAACAAAUUUGAAAUUCCCUUCAUUGCUAUGUAUAGGAAGGAGAAUUGCCCGAGUCUGUUAAAAGAUCUUGAUGCCAAUGAACAGACCAAUGAAGAACAUAGUGAUGAAGAAGAUCAACGCAAGAUGAUGUGGCACAAGAUGCUUUGGGCUGUUCAGACAUUGGACAAAAAGUGGCUGCUUCUUCAGAAGCGCAAGGUUGCUUUGGAGAUGUACUAUGAUAAAAGAUUUGAUGAUGAGAAUCGAAGAAUAGAUGAUGUCACACGCCAGGCAUUAAACCGUCAGCUUUAUAGCUCCAUUAUUGAAGCACUGAAGGAUGCAAAAUCUGAGAAAGAGGUGGAGGAUGUUGAUGCAAAGUUCAAUCUGCAUUUCCCUCCUGGAGAAGUUGAAGAAGAAGGACAAUUUAAGCGGCCAAAAAGGAAAUCAUUGUACAGUAUUUGUCACAAGGCAGGGUUAUGGCAGGUUGCAAACCAAUUUGGUCGGAGUGCUGAGCAGUUAGGUCACCAUCUCACAUUGACGAAGAUACCCGAAGCAGGAGAACUUGAUAGUGGGAAAGAUUCUCCUGAAGAGGUUGCUGCAAAUUUCACAUGUGCAAUGUUUGAAACACCACAAGAUGUUCUUCGGGGCGCCAGACACAUGGCGGCAGUUGAGAUUGGGUGUGAGCCUAUUGUAAGAAAGCAUAUCCGUAGCAUCUUCAUGAAUAAAGCUGUGGUCUCAACAUGCCCGACUGCUGAAGGAAAUUUAAUCAUAGAUCCCUAUCAUCAACUAUCAGGUGUUAAGUGGCUGCGUGACAAACCAUUAAACAAGUUUGUUGAUGCACAAUGGCUGCUUAUUCAGAAAGCAGAAGAAGAAAAGCUCCUCAAGGUUACUAUAAAACUGCCAGAAGAUGCAAAGAAAGAGCUCAUGUCUGAGGCUCGUGAAAAUUACUUAAGUGACUGUGUCAGCAAAUCUGCACAACUGUGGGAUGAGCAACGGAAGAUGAUUCUGGAUGAUGCCUUCUUCAAUUUCCUUCUUCCAUCAAUGGAAAAGGAAGCUCGAUCUCUGUUGACAGCGAAAGCCAAAAAUUGGCUUAAUAUGGAAUACGGGAAGCAAUUGUGGAACAAGGUAUCUGUGGCUCCUUGGAAGAAGAAGGAUGCAGACAAGAAGGAUUCUGAUAUUGAUCUCGAUGAUGAAUCCGAGUUGAGGGUUAUGGCCUGUUGCUGGGGACCUGGGAAGCCAGCAACCACUUUUGUAAUGCUUGACUCAUCUGGAGAAUUGGUUGAUGUUCUAUAUGCGGGUUCUAUCAGUAUUAGAUCUCAAGGUGUUGCUGAGCAGCAGCGGAAGAAGAAUGACCAGCAGCGAGUUUUGAAGUUUAUGACUGACCAUCAGCCUCAUGUUGUAUGUGUAGGAGCAUCAAACUAUAAUUGCAGACAACUCAAGGAUGACAUUUAUGAGGUUAUUUUUAAAAUUGUGGAAGAUCAUCCAAGAGAUGUGAACCCACAAAUGGAGAACUUUAGCAUUGUUUAUGGCGAUGAGUCUGUGCCUCGCUUGUAUGAGAACUCACGGAUAUCUUCAGAUCAACUGCCUGGCCAGUCAGGUAUUGUGAAGCGGGCUGUGGCUCUUGGUCGGUACCUGCAGAAUCCAUUGGCUAUGGCUGCAACACUCUGCGGACCUGGAAAAGAGAUACUUUCAUGGAAACUGCACCCCCUUGAGCAGUUCCUUACUCCUGAUGAGAAAUAUGAAGUUGUUGAGCAAAUUAUGGUUGAUGCAACAAAUCAAAUAGGUUUCGACGUUAAUCUUGCUGCUAGCCAUGAGUGGCAUUUUUCAACUCUACAAUUCGUUGCUGGUUUGGGGCCACGUAAAGCUUCAGCUCUACAGAAAGAAUUGUUACGAGAGGGAUCCAUUUUUAGUCGCAAAGAUCUUGUAAAACCUCUAGGCAGGAAAGUAUUCAUGAAUGCAUCUGGCUUUUUACGUGUUCGCCGUAGUGGUGGAGCUGCCGCGAGUGCUCAAAUCAUUGAUUUACUUGAGGAUACAAGGAUACAUCCUGAGUCAUAUGCAUUAGCAAAAACUUUGGCAAAGGAUGUAUUUGCUGAGGAAGCACCACAUGAAGCAAAUGAAAUGGACGAUGAUGAGCAAGAGAUGGCAAUUGAGCAUGUCAGAGAAAAGCCACGUUAUCUGAAAUCGCUCGACAUUCGUGAGUACAUGAAGAGUAUGCCAGAAGAGUUCCAUAAUAAAGAGCAAACACUGAAAGAUAUAAAAUGGGAACUGUUGUGCGGUUUCCCUGAUUGGAGGACCCCCUAUGCUGAGCCAACUCCAGAUGAGGAAUUCUGGAUGCUUUCUGGGGAAACUGAGGACACCAUAUCAGAUGGAAGGAUUGUUCAAGUUACUGUUCGUAGUAUACAAGAUAACCGAAUCAUUUGCACCUUCGAUUCUGGUCUGAAAGCCAUAGUUAUGGCUGAUAACUAUUCUGAUGAGGGCUUUGAUCUAGAAACUCUGCAGUUACAUGAAGGUGAUGUAUUAACGGGCAAAAUUAAGAAUGUGAAUAAAAACAGGUUCAUGGUUUACUUAACAUGCAAGGCAAGUGAAUUGAGGAGAAGACCAUUGUCCAGAGGUAAUCAUGAUCCGUACAAUCAUGAACAAGACAUGACUUCUCAGAAUGAACAAGAUAAGCUUCGGAAACAGAAAGAACUGGCAAAGAAACAUUUCAAACCCCGGAUGAUUGUCCAUCCUCACUUUCAGAACUUGACAGCUGAAGAAGCUAUGCAGUUCUUAUCUGACAAAGAACCUGGUGAGAAGGUCAUUCGGCCUAGUUCUAGGGGACCAUCAUUUCUGACACUUACUCUGAAAAUUUUUGAUGGUGUCCUUGCACACAAGGAGAUAACUGAAGGUGGAAAGGAUCAUAAAGAUAUUACAAGCUUGCUUCGCCUUGGAAAAACAUUGACAAUUGAUAAUGAAACUUUUGAAGAUCUUGAUGAGGUUAUAGACAGGUACGUGGAUCCAUUGGUAGGCCACCUGAAGAGCAUGCUUUUGUACCGCAAAUUCAAGAAAGGAUCAAAAAGUGAGGUUGAUGAGAUGUUAAGGGCUGAGAAAUCAGAGAAUCCUAUGAGAAUAGUGUAUUGUUUCGGCAUAUCUCAUGAGCAUCCAGGCACAUUUAUUUUAUCUUACAUUAGGAGUACAAAUCCACAUCACGAGUAUAUUGGGUUAUACCCAAAGGGCUUUAGAUUUCGUAAGAGGGACUUUGACAAUAUUGAUCGCCUAGUGUCCUAUUUCCAGAAGCAUAUUGACAAACCACCACCUGAUGCUGGUCCAUCAAUGCGAAAUGUUGCUGCAAUGGUGCCUAUGAAAAGUUCAGGUUGGGGUAAUGGUGGUGGCACUGGUGGUGGAAAUGAUGGAUGGAGAGGAGAUGGUAACAACGACAGGGAUAGACCUUUCUCUGGAAGAUCAGGAGGCAGGUUUGAUUCAAGGAACAGCUCUGGUGGUCGUGGACGUGGGCGCGGGCGUGGUAGAGGUAACUUUGGCAGUGAUGAUGGUGGCGGCGGAGGUUGGAGUGGUGGCGGUGGCGGUGGCGGCAACAGUGGGGGAUGGACUGACAAUAUUGGAAGUGGCGGAGGUGGAUGGGGCACAGGUGGUGGUUCCUCGUGGGCUGGUGGUGGCGACGGAGGUUCUGGAGGUGGUGAUAGUAACCGUGGUGGUGGUGGAGGCUGGGGAACACCCGCUGGUGGUUCUGAUGGCGGCGGCGGUGGCUGGGGAGCAGCACCCGGUGGAUCCAACGAUGCCCCAGGAUGGGGCAGCGGCAAAAAGGCGGUCCCAGCACAGGAUGGUGGUAGCGGGUGGGGAGCUUCCGCCGGCGGCGGCAGCGGUGGCUGGAACUAGUCAAAGAACUGCUAGAUGAAAUAUUUUUUUUUUUGUUUUCUGGACCCUCUUCUAUAUCUGGUAAUUGCGCUCCACGGGAGAAAAAUUGUCACUGUUCGGGGACCCUAGUAAUCUGCUACUGAAUGCCGCUGGUUUUAUACAUUUUGGACGGCCUUAUUUUGAAUGCAUGUACAGCUUAAGCACCACAUUUUGUUUUUUA